AUUCGAUUCUCAAUCAGCUCUGCUAGCGCAUCUAUACUAUUCGUGCUAAAGAAAGGAAGCAAGCUGCACUUCUAUAUGAAUUAUAGAGCGCUAAAUCGGAUUAUAUGUAAGAACUGUAUUCCGUUAUCUUUAAUUGCUAAGAUUCUUAAUUAA